AUGGCGGAAUCCGCAUCGUCGCCGCCCAAGUCCAUCCACACAAUCGUGUUGGACGCCGGCCCCAUCAUCAAAAAUUCCCCGCCGCUUUCUACUCUGCUCGCUCAAUGCGAUGAGAUUAUCACCACCCCCGCUGUGGUGAGCGAGAUUCGCGAUCCCGACGCCCGCGCCCGUAUCGAAACUCUCUAUCUUCCUUUCCUCAAGCAGCGCACUCCGAACCCGAAAAGCUUCAACAUUGUUAGCGAAUUCGCAAAGAAGACUGGUGACCGCUCUGUGCUGAGCCGAAACGAUAUUGAAGUUCUGGCGCUCGCCUACGAGAUUGAGUGUGAGCGCAAUGGAGGCGACUGGCGCUUGCGCAGUGUGCCCGGCCAGAAGCGCGUGAAUGGAGCGCCGCCUGUCAAGGAGGAAGAACAGAAGUUGGAGGAGGAGCCUAAGGUGGAUACCGAGUCCAAGGACGUGGAGGCGAUCACCGAGGGCGUCCAAGAGGCUACCAUCGCAGAGAACACCGAAGUCACAAAGUCUGAAGAGACCGAUGCAAUUAAUGAGAACCCCGUCGAGAUCGAGGAGGACGGAGCGGAAGAGGGUGAAGAGGAUGUUGACCUCGACGCAAAUGAGGAUGAUGCCGCGGACUCGGACGGCGGAGAAUGGAUCACACCCACCAACUACAAGAAGCGGCUGGCCCGCGACGAUGGCAGUGGUGCGACGGCUGGUAGUGAGGUUAAGGUCAUGCAGGUCGCAACCAUGACUACUGAUUUUGCUUGCCAAAACGUCCUCCUGCAGAUGAACCUCAACCUUCUUUCGACUACCACUCUCCAGAGAAUCCAGCAUCUGAGAACUUUCAUCAAGCGCUGCCACGGCUGCUUCCUUACCACCAAGGAUAUGAGCAAGCAGUUCUGCCCUCGCUGUGGUAAAGAUACUCUUACCCGCGUCUCCUGCACAACCACCGCCAACGGCCAGUUCACCAUGCAUCUGAAGAAGAACAUGCAGUGGAACACCCGUGGUAAUGUGUACAGUAUUCCCAAGCCCAUUGCAGGUACUGCCAAUGGAAAAUGGAAGGGAGGCGCUGGAAAGGGUGGUUGGGGUAGAGACCUUGUCCUUACCGAGGAUCAGAAGGAGUUUACUCGGGCGAACGCCGAAGAGGAGCGUCGCCAACGCCGCCAGCAUGACCUCAUGGACGAGGACUACCUCCCCGGUAUUUUGACUGGCGAGCGCAACAGGCAAAAUGGACGCACCAAGGUCGGUGCUGGCCGGAACGUUAACUCGCGCAAGCGUUGA